AUGUGUCUCUUAAACACCCGCUGUCCUUUUACGCCAACUCUUGCUCUCAACCAGAAGAAGUGUGUUUUGGGUUCCUCAGCAGAGCGGAGAGAGCCGGGCCGAGAGGAACACGCCCACAUGAGCGCUCACAGCAGCAGCAGCUUCCAGAACACCGCGCAGAGUUACGGAGAACGCAGAGUUUGGCCCCUGAUGAAAAAAGGGGAAAGCUAUUCUGAAGCACAAUGGGACCUUUCCAGGAUUAUAAGAAGUCGACAAUCAAGGUAUUUUCCGUAUUCAGAAGAGGAGGGGAAAGAUUCUGACCACUCCAAAGGGACCAUCAGCACCAACAGCUUCUACUCUGAUGACACCGGCUGCCCCACCAGUGAGUCUGUGUCCCCCACCAUAACUCCAUCCGGCUCAGAGCAGAGCACAAACAGCUCCCCUGUCCUGGCUGGACGCACUGCCAAAGUGAAGAGGGUCCGGGUCGUGGUGGAGGGAGGAGGAGAACCGCAUCCCAGAACAAGACAAAAGAGGGAAGUACGAUCUGCUAUGAAGCACAAAGGCAGUGAAUUGGACUUCAGCUCCUGGAGCAGCAGUGGCAGCGGCAGCCUCAAAGCCAGCCAGACAAUCUCAAAUUCCGUUGGGAAAAAAACUCCAACUCACAGCCGGACCAUUCGCAUCAGACCACUGCCCAUUUUUAAACCGGCUGGGAACACUGUUGAAAACCACGAUGCCGAGCUCUAUGCGCCCUAUCGGACUCCCCCCAGAGUGUCCUCUUCUAACAGCAGCUGUAACUCCAGCCCUUCUGCGAGAAGAACCACUCCGAGCUACUACCAUUCAUGUGGAGACAACCAUGGCAUCAGACCCCCAUACCCAGAGCAGUACCUCACUCCGCUGCAACAGAAGGAAGUGGCAAUCCGGCACCUCAAGACCAAACUACAAGAAUCUGAAACCAGAGUUCGAGACCGGGAGUCUGAAAUUGAAGAGCUAAAGGGACAGCUGAGCAGGAUGAGGGAAGACUGGAUUGAAGAGGAGUGCCACCGGGUGGAGGCGCAGCUGUCCCUCAAAGAAGCCCGCAAAGAAAUAAAGCAGCUACGUCAGGUGGUGGAGACCAUGAAGAGCAGCCUGAUGGAGAAGGACAAGGGCAUCCAAAAAUACUUUAUCGACAUCAAUAUUCAAAACCGAAAACUGGAGUCUCUUCUCCACAAUAUGGAGUUGGCCCAAAGUGGAAAUGGCAGCCUCGACAAUGAACAAACCUUGGACUUUAUCUGUGAGGGCGGGAAGAAACUGUUGAGUGAGGGGGAUGUUGAGAUGGAGCAUGGGGCAGAGGCCAUGGCGGACAGUGGGUUGCUGGUCAAUGAUGAGAUGGCCAACAGGGAGGACAUUUUGGAGCAGAAAGCCUACAAGAAGUCACAACUGUCUGUCCACAAACGUCAAACAUGA